GGCCAAAUCGAUAUCAAGGCAUUCCUAUCAGCUGAUUCUUUCCUCCCCUCCACUCUACUUGCUUCCAUUCAUGACACAACACACCCUAAGGGUCGCUAACUGUCAAGAAACGGUUGUAAUAAUACAAGUGGAUAUUGCAGCAUUUGUGGAGCAUGGCAUGGCACUGCAAUGGUGUAACAAAUCAAGAGAUGGUGACCAAGCUAAAAGAAACUGGCAUACUGGCAACCGCUAGAGCAGAAGCUGCUAUGCUUGCAGUAGAUAGAGCAAGAUACUGUCAUGAAGCAGAUCCUUAUCUUGAUCGACCUAGAAAAAUUGGUUACAAUGUUACAAUCAGUGCUCCACAUAUGCAUGCCUAUGCAUUGUCGAUCCUCUCCGAUCAGCUCUUUGAUGGUGCUAGGGCAUUAGAUGUCGGUUCAGGUUCCGGAUAUUUAUCUGCUUGUAUGGCUUUUAUGGUUGGUCCUCGUGGACGAGUCAUCGGUAUUGAGCAUAUUCCCGAGCUAAUAGAAGUUUCUACAAGAAAUGUACGGGAGGACUGUCCACAUUUUCUCAAAGAUGGCCGUCUGAAAUUCAUUGUGGGAGAUGGCAGAUUGGGACAUGAUGCUGACGGACCUUACAAUGCUAUACAUGUUGGAGCUGCGGCUGAAACUCUUCCGCAACAAUUGGUAGACCAGCUAGCUCCUGGAGGUCGACUUAUCUGCCCUGUAGUUGCCAUUGAAGGUUUCCAAAGGUUUCAAGAUCUACUACAAGUGGAUAAGCAUGCAGAUGGAUCUACUACAAAACAGAAGCUAAUGCAAGUUUCGUACGUUCCUCUAACUGAUCCUAGUACACAAUUGCGUAACUAAAGUACUUAGUAAGCUUUGCUACAAGUCUAUGAUAGCAAAAUGCUUACCAGUAAUCGUUGAUAUUGGAACCACUGUGCUACUUUGUUUUAUGCAUAAGCAAAUUAUAGAAGUAGUUGCCCCUUUUUGACUAAUGGUAUAUUAAUAAAAUAUAUUUUACUUACACCCUAAGUGUUAUACUUAUUCCUUAUGACAUUAAUUUCUAAAAUAUAAAGACAAAGGAAUUAAAAUACUUCUAAUUCGAGAUAUUUCAAAAAGUAUUUGACAAUUCAAAAUAGCGAUUAAUGUGUUACUUGAUUGUCUUUCGAAUAUACUUUAACAAAAUUUUUUAAAUGAAGUAAUUUACAUGAAUGUAGUCUAUUGAUUCAAAAAUACUUGCGUUGUAUUACAAUUAUACAAAUAUACGUUACUUCGCAAGUAAUAUUGUUUGUCCAGAUUUCACCGCAAAAAGAUUGCUGCGUACAGAAACCCACUUCGUAGAUAAUAAAAUGUGUAAAAUUAAAAAUAAAUGAAAGUUUAAUAUUUCUACGCAAUAAAUUAUUAAGAACGAAAUAGUUGUAACACGUCGAAGGAACAAAAUGAACUAAGCUUUUAUCCUGUAUGAAUGUCGUACUUGCUCUAACAUAAAAACAAUAAAUAUGUACAUAUACCUAUAA